UAUUAAUACGAAGUAAAAUGUCACAUCGAUUGUCUCAAGUGAGUCCUAAAACACCCACAACUCCGAGGUCACCAGGGAGUCAUGGAAGAGCGAGAUCUGUGGAUUCUAUAUUUGAACCAGAGUUUUCAUUUCCGGAUCGAAAUUCACAAGUUAGAAGAUCUAUGACUAUGGAAGAUUUGAACUCAAAUGUCAAUUAUUCUUCACCUACAGGUUCUUCAAACAAUUUACAAGUAAAUGGAAUAGUAAAUAAUUCUUCGGCAUCAUCAUCAGCUAGCUCCUCUAGACCUUCAAGUCCCCUUCCUCCUCGACAUCGUCGACGGCAUACACGACAUUCUAGUCAUCAGAAUCCACUUUCAUUAAUAACAAAUUCUGUUGCAUCAGUAGAGGCACACGAAAGACAUCAAAAUCUUCCUGUUCAAUGGGCAUUAGAUUAUUUUAAACUUCCUAGUACAAGAAUGGCGCUUUCAUUCGUAGUAAGAAGUGGACCGACAAGAACUUAUCUUGCCGCACUUUCGAAACAAAAUAUUUUUUUAUUUGAGUUAGAUUAUGGUGACGUAACGAGAGAGCCAGAAUUUGUACAUACGAGAACAUAUUGGUUACCCCAAACUCCAAAAUUUCUUCAAAUGUCUAUGCACGAAGAUCAAUUAAUUGACAUCAUUGCGGUUUUUCAUACAGAAGUUAUAUGCAUAGGCAUUGAAGAUGCACGAGUGAGAGAAAUUUCAGUUUCAGAACUACGUUCUUCUAAUACGAAUAAUAAACCAAAUGAUCCAGAAAAUAUGACAUGGCAGACGUUUACGCAACUUCCUUGGAUUCCAACUCUUGAUCCAGAAUUUGUUUCAGAAAGCUUCACAAUUCCACCUCCAUAUAAUUUAAUAAUAAAUGAGGAUCCUUCUGCAAUGCUAAAUCCUAUACCCGUAUUUGAGACUGGAAAUAUUGAUUCUUUGGACUCUCCAAACGCACCUUCUUUAUUUUUCGCUACAUUUGGUUCUAAAUCAAUGAUAGUUGACUCUAAAGGUAGACCAUUUUCUACAAUUGUUUUUCAAUGGACCUAUCCACUUAUACAUGUUGAAUUUCUAAAACCCUCACAAACUGGAGGAGAAUCCUAUAUAGUUGGAUUUGGUAAAAAUAUGGUUGAAGUAAGAAGUUUUAACACUGGAAGGAUAGUUGAAAAUGUUGUAAGAGGAGUUGAUGUUGUUUAUUUGGGGAGAGGACGAAAUAACAGAGAUGUUAUUUGGGGAUGUUCAUUUAAUAAAAGUUC